AUGGCAGAGCCUAACCCCAAAAGGCUCAAGAGUGGCCUGCCCUUCUGCUCCAUCCACCGGCAGCAGCAGGCCAGAGCUCUGGGCAAGCUGGUGAGGCAGAACUUCCCACCUGCGGUGGAAGAAGGCCUGUGUGGGAUCACCAGUGCUCUGCUGGAGGCUUCCUAUGUCUUCCAGAUGCUGGGUGAGACUUUUGACCAGACUGAUAUGGCUUUCCCAAAUGUCUCAAAAUUCUUCCUGGAUCAAGCUAAGGAGGAAAGGGAAGCAGCAGAAGCUUUGAUACAAUACCAGCACCUCAGGGGAGGUUCAUACUGCACCAAAGUUAUUCAGAAACCACCCAAUAUGUUAAUAAAUGGUGUUGCACCAGCCCUGGAAGUAGCCUUAUUACAGUGGAAGACACUGGCAGGCUAUUUUGAAGAGCUUUAUGCUCUGAGUAUCAAGUAUGUGGAUCCUCAGACUGCAAGUACAAUCAAGAAGGAAUUUCUCAGACCCAAGAUCAUGAGGAUCAAACUCAUGGGAGAUCUACUUACCAAUGCGCAUAGGCUCAGGAGUACCCAGGAUGGAAGAGGUGACCUUGAGAACUAUCUUAUAGACCGUUUGCAAAAAGAACUCAAGAUUGGGCCUGAUUCUGAGGCUUGCUGCAGUUUUUGUGUGUCACUUCAUAAAUGUACAGGAACCGCAAAGGAACUACAACUGCUACAAGAGGAAUUCCCAUGGCAGAGGAAUAACAUAAGACUGAAACGCACAGGUGUAUACUACUUCCCCUCUCAGCCUCGGUGGAAAGGCUUACGGGAAGCAGACCGAAGGCAAGACCAUAGAUGGUAUUACACUGGGUGA